GAGCAGCGCAACCCGGCGUUGCCGUCUCCGAGCCCGUCUUGCUAUCGCCAGGGCCGGAAACCGCGGUACGGGCGCUACGGUCGGCAGCCGACAGGAGGGAGACAUGGACGCCUUUCCGAGGGUUUCCGCCGGUAUGGUUCGUCUCGCCCGUCUUGCUAUCGCCAGGGCCGGAAACCGCGGUACGGGCGCUACGGUCGGCAGCCGACAGGAGGGAGACAUGGACGCCUUUCCGAGGGUUUCCACCGGUAUGAGCAGCGCAACCCGGCGUUGCCGCCUCCGAGCCCGUCUUGCUAUCGCCAGGGCCGGAAACCGCGGUACGGGCGCUACGGUCGGCAGCCGACAGGAGGGAGACAUGGACGCCUUUCCGAGGGUUUCCGCCGGUAUGGUUCGUCUCGGUGGGUGUUCAGAACGAAACUAGAGCAGCGCAACCCGGCGUUGCCGCCUCCGAGCCCGUCUUGCUAUCGCCAGGGCCGGAAACCGCGGUACGGGCGCUACGGUCGGCAGCCGACAGGAGGGAGACAUGGACGCCUUUCCGAGGGUUUCCGCCGGUAUGGUUCGUCUCGGUGGGUGUUCAGAACGUAA